AUCGUGACGAAUUUCCUGCAAACACGCGGCGCCGUAUUCCCACUUCAUCCUAACCUCUCUUCGCAGAGAGUGUCGCUCUGGAUUUUCGAAGUCGAAGAGCCAGUUCCUCCAUUAAAAUUCAUCAAAGUUUGUUGCGAAGUAGUAAUCCAGUUGGUUAAAGUAUUCUCUAGCAGUCGUCACGGAGUGAAAUGAUAAAUUAUAAAGCACAGAACUUGUGCACUCACGAGUGCUGAUAACGCCGCAUGGUUUGCUCUCGUAAAAACUGAUAUCGACCUGCCGGUCUAAAUCCAGAAUAUCGGAAAGUCAAGAAAUAGUUCACGCACGGAAGUUCGCUGUUACUUGGUGUACGUUUAUACAGUAAUUCAAUUUUGUAGCAGAUGUGGAUCGCACUUGCAGUGUGUGAAAAAAAACCUGAAUGAUAAACGCAGUGGAGGCUUCGCAUAUGGAAAAUGUAUAAAUUGAAAUUAUGCUAAAUGGGAGGGAUAGAACGUUAAGCGAUAAGUUUAAAUGUUAAUACUACGGAUCGAUUGUAUUGAUUUUGUUAAGUCGUGCUUGUAAUCAUGGUUUGGGGAUGAAGCAUUUCUUGACGAACUGUGCAAUCUCUAUCUCGGUUGGUGCCAAUUGCAUGGUCCACUUUUGCAAAAUGCGGUAAUGUCCUAGCUGGUCUAAAUUUGGAUUAUCGGAACUGGGUAAAUUAGAUCACGUAGAGGGAUAAUGUUUGUCUGGGGUUUAAGCGAUUAAAAUACAGUCUGGUAAGGAAAGGAAAGAAAUUAGUUUAUUCAAAUACGGUAAAUAAAAAGUAGGCGAAGAUUUUAAAAAUGGCACCGCAGGCAAAGAAUCGAAAUAAUGGUUUCUCUUUUAAGCCGUACAAGAAGAUGAUUAGAAAUUGGAUAAAAAGUAAUUGUAAGUGGAGCAAAAUCAUGUCUUUAUUGAUGGAUGCUAAGAACGUACCUGUAAUUGCGUGUUUACUAGUCGUAAUGGAAUUAGUUAUAAAUUUUAUAAUUAUUGAAAAGGUGCGAUAUACAGAAAUCGAUUGGAGGGCUUAUAUGCAGGAAGUUGAGGGAGUGUUAAAUGGAACUUUAGACUAUUCAAAAUUGAAAGGUGACACGGGACCAUUGGUAUAUCCUGCUGGAUUUGUUUAUAUAUUCUCCAUGUUAUACUAUUUAACAAUAUUUGGAAUGAACAUAAGAAUCGCACAGUACUUCUUUGCCAUUGUAUAUGCAAUUCUGUUAAUACUGGUCUUUCGAAUAUAUGCCAAAACUUUGAAAGUUCCACCAUUUAUUUUGAUUCUAAUGUGCUGCUCCUCAUAUAGAAUUCAUUCCAUAUUUGUGUUACGACUGUUCAAUGAUCCCAUAGCGAUGGUAUUAUUUUUUGCAGCUGUAAAUGCUUUCUUGGACAACCGUUGGUACUUAGGAAGCAUUUUGUACAGUUUAGCAGUUUCAGUGAAAAUGAAUAUUCUAUUAUUUUCCCCUGCACUGCUCGUAGCAUACUUAAUGGUUUUAGGCCUACGAGAUACCAUAAUUCACCUUUCUGUUUGUGCGACUGUACAGAUAAUACUAGCUUUACCUUUCCUCAUCACAAAUCCAAUAGCCUAUAUAAAGUACGCAUUCAAUUUUGGUCGUGUGUUCGAAUUCAAGUGGACGGUAAAUUGGAGAUUUUUACCAGAAGCAGUAUUUCUCCAUCCGUAUUUUCACAUUUCUUUAUUAAUUUUACACCUUCUUACUUUGGCCUAUUUUGCAUCCCAUUGGAUAACGUACCUGAAAUCUUAUGCAAAAUUAAAGUGCAUUGAGAAAGACGUUACUAGGCAAUUACGAAAACAUGAGGCUGUCGAUAUGUCCACUGUAUCGCAAUUGUUCAUUUUACCGUUAUUUACUGCAAAUUUCAUUGGCAUGGUGUAUAGUCGAUCACUACAUUAUCAAUUUUAUGUAUGGUAUUAUCAUACAUUACCAUAUCUUACAUGGUGCACGCAUUACAGUACUGCCAUUAAAAUUAUUCUUUUAGGCAUUAUAGAACUAUGUUGGAAUGUCUAUCCAAGUACUGUUUUUAGCAGUGCUGGAUUGCACUUUUGCCAUAUAAUGAUAUUGUAUGGUUUGUAUAGAUACAAUGUAACCAGUACAAAAGUUAAAUAAAAGGCAUCGUUUAACUCGAUGACCUUUCAUUAAGAAGCACUAAUAUGGUCAUCAUUAAAAGCGUUAAAUUUGUAAAUAAUUUACAUUUGAAUAUACAUUAUCUAGUGAUGGUGAAAUGACUUGUUAAAAAUAUAUUUUUAGGCAACGUUACAAUAUCAUGUAUCGUUUUUAUGGUGACUUUUGCAAAAAGAAAUUUCUGUAAUCAAAAACAAAUAAUUGACGGAGCGUUAGCUAUUAGUAUAAGAUUAUUGUAUAUAAAUAAAUAGUCAUACUCUAGUUUGAUUUAGCUCGUAAAAAAUGUAAUAUGCGAAUAAAUACUUUAAUAACUGCAUUA